AUGAGCGACGCAGAGAUCAUGGAACGGACGAAGGCGCACCCGUACCACGAGGUGCAUGCACUGCACGUGCCACGCAUCCGUUUCUCCAGCAAUGGUCGUGCGUCGGUCCCCCGCGCCCUUACGUCCAGCGAAGUGGUCGUUCCCGCCGGCGCCCCCGUGUGGGCGCAACACAGCGUGGGAUUCAAGGGCGAGGACUGGGACCACGUGGUGGAGACGAGGGGGGAAGAUGUGAUGCGUGCGUUUGCGAAGGAGACGGCUGCGGCGGUUGGGGUGGAUGAGGGUGGCGUGCGUGGUGUAGUUCUAAAGCCCGAGGCUGAUGGCUUGCUUGUUGAAUUUGAGCUGAGGCGCCCGGCGUCGCUGACGGAGCAGGAUGGUAAAGCGGCGAUGGAUGUAUGCAAAUACAAGGCUGUUUGGGCAGUGUAUCAGGAGGUGCUUCUUGGCAUGGAGGAGAAGGUCGUGACCACGCACGAGCUUGGGUUCGAGGGCGAGGACUGGGACUACGUGCUGGAGCGGCGGGACGCGGAGGUGAAGGAGGCGGCGGCCAUCGAGACGGCGCGGGCGCUCGGAGUGGGGCGCGAGGACGUGGUGGAGGUGGGGCUUGACGUUGUGCCGCAGAGCCUCGUCGUGUUCGUCACGGUACGUCACUCGUCAAAGCUGAGCGACAGCCAGGUGGACGGGAUGCUGGCGCAGUGCCAGUACAAGACACUGUGGGCACUGUACGACACGCGGCCGUUGGAGUCGGCUGUGCUGACGAGGCGGUUUGACGGUGACGACUGGGACAUCGUGAUUGAUGGCAGUCGCGGGAAGCUCGAGGACGCGUUCUGCAGGGAGACGGCUGCCGCGUUGGGCGUGUCGCAGAGGCAGGUUGUGUGUGUGGACUGCAGGAUCGGAAGCCUUUUCGUGGACUUCAAGGUGCUUGGGUGCGCCAUGAGCGACGCAGAGAUCAUGGAACGGACGAAGGCGCACCCGUACCACGAGGUGCAUGCACUGCACGUGCCACGCAUCCGUUUCUCCAGCAAUGGUCGUGCGUCGGUCCCCCGCGCCCUUACGUCCAGCGAAGUGGUCGUUCCCGCCGGCGCCCCCGUGUGGGCGCAACACAGCGUGGGAUUCAAGGGCGAGGACUGGGACCACGUGGUGGAGACGAGGGGGGAAGAUGUGAUGCGUGCGUUUGCGAAGGAGACGGCUGCGGCGGUUGGGGUGGAUGAGGGUGGCGUGCGUGGUGUAGUUCUAAAGC